AAGGCUGUCAGAAAAAUUCUUAUUGGUUUAAAUAAUCAGUGGGGUUUUUAACUUCCAUCUAGUAUUUUUAUCCUCACUUGUCUAAUGACGCUUGCUAUAAAAUGGACGUAGCAAACCGUCACAUUCUGUAUCUACCUCCUGACGACUUUGCAAACUUUUGGUUUUAUGCCGUAUUGGUAGCAAUGACAAUUUUCUCCUACUUCGUCAUACGAGGGAUCAAAGAAAUCUGCUGUGAAACAAUAACUCCAAAUUUAUAUCGUGUCCAUCCGUCGCAUAAGCCAACUAGUGUAUACUCUGGUGAGAAUGAAACAAGAAGUGGCUUGCAUUCGAGAGUGACUGUUUUCUUCUAAUAAUUUUUUGAAUCAUCAUUCUACCCUCAUCACAAAUUUCAUACCGCAAUCAUGUGCAAUUUGAAUUUUCCAUAAUUUUUCAUUCCUUAUCUUAAAUUUCAUUUGGAGAGAAUUUACUUGAAUGCCUUUAUUUUGAAAUAUUUUUUUCUUAAUAAAAUAAAUUUCAGUGUAAGCAGUAAGUUUAUUAGUAAUUCGAGACUUCAGUCUUGUGUACAUAUGAAUGUUAAAUAUUUAGAAUAGGGUUGUCAUUUUGUUGAAACUACAUCAAAGUCCUUUUUGGUAGAAUAUUUGUGCACAUACACUGUAUUAAUUAAAAGUUUUGUGAAAUAAUGUCUUUUAAUGCUAUCCAAGAAACGUAUCCUUAGGACAAUUUGUGAAUAAAUCCAAG